CCGGUCCGCCACAGCCCAGUGUCACGUGCUCCGGGGGCGGGGCAUACAGCGCCGUCCUGGAUCGAGCUGUGUGUUUGUCUGUCACUGCUGCAGCCUCCUGACCCGUCACUGGCGCCCCGAGUCUCUGACCAUCACCCGCAGUCGUACAAAGUAAUAAGAUGAAGCAGAUCGUGGAGAGAGCGAGGCAGGCCUAUGCCACCGGAAAGACCCGUUCUUUAGAGUUUAGACUCCAGCAACUUCGGGCCUUCAAGAGAAUGUUUAUUGAGAAGGAAGAUGACAUCAAGAAAGCAAUAAAAGCAGACUUAAAGAAGAAUGAAUGCGCAUCUUACACCCAUGAGAUCAUGGGAAUGUUGGGAGAAAUUAACUUGGCCCUGGACAAGCUUGCUGAAUGGGCAGCACCUCAGCAUGUGUCAAGGAAUCUAAUGACCUUGGGAGAUGACGUGUAUAUCCAGUAUGAACCGCUUGGAGUUGUCCUGAUUAUUGGGGCUUGGAAUUACCCUGUGGUGGUUCUUCUGCAGCCCCUAGUGGGUGCCAUUGCAGCAGGUAAUGCAGCUGUUUUGAAACCUUCCGAAGUCAGUGAAAACACAGCCAAGCUUUUGGAGAAAAUUAUUCCACAGUAUUUAGACAAGGAUCUGUACCCUGUGGUGAAUGGUGGAGUACCAGAAACAACAGAGUUACUAAAUGAAAGAUUUGACCAUAUCUUCUAUACUGGCAGUACUGGUGUGGGCAAAGUCAUAAUGUCAGCUGCUUCCAAGUUCCUGACACCUGUAACCCUUGAGCUGGGAGGGAAGAGUCCAUGUUAUAUCGAUAAGAACUGUGAUAUUGAUAUUGCUAGUAGACGCAUAACUUGGGGUAAAUAUCUCAACUGUGGUCAGACAUGCAUCGCCCCUGAUUAUGUGCUGUGUGACAAGUCUGUCCAGGGAAAACUGGUGGAAAAAAUCAGAGAAACGCUUAAGGAAUUUUAUGGGGAAAAUGCCAAAGAGUCUCCAGAUUAUGAAAGAAUUAUCAGCAGGCGUCAUUUUAAACGCCUGCUCGGAUUGAUGGAAGGACAGAAGAUUGUUAUUGGAGGGGACCAUGACGAAGCAGCAUGUUAUAUUGCACCAACGGUACUGGCUGAUGUCAAUCCAGAGUCGAAGGUCAUGCAAGAAGAAAUAUUUGGGCCAUUGCUUCCUAUAAUAUCAGUUGGAAAUUUAGAGGAAGCCAUUACGUUCAUUAAUGAGAGAGAAAAGCCCCUGGCCCUGUAUGUAUUUUCAAAUGAUAAAAAGGUCAUCAAAAAGAUGAUUGCCGAGACGUCCAGUGGGGGUGUAACAGCCAAUGAUGUUAUUAUGCACUUCUCAGUUGCAUCACUGCCAUUUGGAGGUGUUGGUAACAGCGGCAUGGGUGCCUACCAUGGUAAACACAGCUUUGAUACUUUCUCCCAUAAACGCUCUUGUCUCAUCAAGUCUCUUGCCAUGGAAGGGGUAAAUAAAAUCAGGUACCCCCCAUACAGCCUUAAAAAGUUGGAGUGGACCAAGUUUCUGCUGAUGAAAAAAGUGAACAAGAAAAAGCUGAGCCUGCUGCUUCUACCCAUUGUAGCCGUGCUUGCUGCUGUAGUUCUUAAGAAGUAUCGCUGGGAGAUGGCAGGCAGAGGGCUUCAGCUUGUGCAGGCAUGUCAGAGACUGUGUUAUAAUCAAGACUGAAUAGCAGAUUUCAGGGAGCAUCGUUGCUACUGUAACAGUGAGUUGAUCUGAAACGAAGCUGCAGCAACAGAAAUAGCAUCCGAGGUGUCCGCUUCCAAUUACUGAUUUAUUGUACAUAUGAAGCUUAAAUAUAGGGGGUAAAUACAUUAAAAGGAUUGAUGGGUUUACAUGCUUUGAACGAUAAAGUCUGCAUACACACAUUUUACUGCUGUCCUACUAACAUUACCUUUUUAAUUUUUACUUAUCCCUCAGCUUGUGUAGUACAGUUUUUGACUGCUGCACUGCCACUGUAAAGAAUUACAGUUAAAAAUAAGAAAUCCCAAACAUUGCCUACCAUGGGCUACUUAUUGGACAUUUCAUCAGUUUAUUGUUUAAAUAAAUGACAUCAUUUCGCAGCCCAAUUGUUUUAUUUUGCUUUGCCGCUCUCCAUGAUGAACAUUAAAUCCCAUCUUGCAUUAUAAUAUUUAACUAUGCAACACGUAUAGAAAGCUCUGGAGUGUUUUAUGAGACAUUUUGGGGGGGAUCCCCAAAAUGUAAAGCAUAUGUUUUAAAGGGAAAGCAGUGUAAAAAUCUUGGGUAUCUUUUGUAUGGCAGUUCUAUUAAGGUUUUAUAAAAUUAAUCUUUUGCACUAUUACCAUACUUGGGAACUCUGUGGCUUCAGCUGCCCGGAGCCUCACCUUGCAGGAGGUCCCGCUGGUGUCGGUGGGUAGACCCUGCCGAUGUUAGGGCCACAAGCCAUUUUUGGAGGGAAAGUGGGCAAAACCCAGAGAGUUUCCAGAUAUGACUAUUACUGCGAACUAAAAUAACCUAUCCAAAGGAAUUCCAGGUGUUGACAGCAAAGCUGAUUGUUAAGAUAUCUGAAAUAUGUAAAUAAAAACUUUUUAAUUCAUAUUAAAAAUAUAUGAUCAAUGAUUUAAA